CAAACAAGGACCCAUGCACACAGGUAUAAGGGCACAAAUGUGUCAAAACAUUACCUUGCUCAAUGUCAGUGAGGGACAGAAACACACUCCGGCACACAUAGCAGUUGUACAUGGUCACCGAAGCCAUUGGAAGCGUGGAGGCCCUGCUGGUAUCAGGUCCAGACCUCGAUAUGGGGCAAGUGUAAUUGCCUGCUUUUUCCUUUGUGAUUCCCAGCAGGGCAUAAAACCCUGGUUCAGAGCCAGCCAGGCCUUCUCAACCACUGCCUGCUGUGUGACCCUGUGAGCCUCCACUUCCUCAUCAGUAAACAGGGUGGAUGAUACGAAUAACCACAUCCUGGGUUGAUGUGGGCUUCCAGUAGGACAAAGGGUGGUGCUGAGCAGUGCUGGGCAGGUUCAGGUGCUCCAUGCCUGCUUCUCCCUCCACACCCUCGAGCUGUAGCCCUGCCCCCAGGAUCCCCACUGAGUUGAGGGACUGUCCUCUUCUCUCUCAGUUCAAACCCUACCAAACGAGUUUCCUUGCUGUGGGGCAGGGAAAGGACUACCCAGUGCUUCUGGGGUGGCAGUGGGGAGAAUGUAGAUUCAGCACUUAAGGGAUUGGGGCCAUGCCAGCCUGCUUAGAAGGGUUGGGGGACUGAGCUGGCUUCACUUGUCCUUGUCUCUGAUUGGCUCUUAGCCCCCCCCCAGCUCCCCAAUCCCACUAAGCAGCCCCACCAGGUCCUGUGCAGGUCCGUGGAAUGCCAGUUGAUUACCAGAAGGGCAUCUGAGGAGGCCAGAGGCUGGCCUGAGCCAGGCUCCCGGUACCCACCUCCGUCUAGAAGAGCCACCUGCUCACCCUGUCCUUCCACCUGCUGCUGUGACCAUGGGGGCUGGGGCUAGUGCCGAGGAGAAGCACUCCAAGGAGCUGGAAAAGAAGCUGAAAGAGGAUGCUGAGAAGGACGCUCGGACAGUCAAACUGCUGCUUCUGGGUGCUGGUGAGUCUGGAAAGAGCACCAUCGUCAAGCAGAUGAAGAUUAUCCACCAGGAUGGGUACUCACUGGAGGAGUGCCUUGAGUUCAUUGCCAUCAUCUAUGGCAACACGCUGCAGUCCAUCCUGGCUAUUGUGCGGGCCAUGACCACACUCAACAUCCAGUAUGGAGACUCGGCACGCCAGGAUGAUGCCCGGAAGCUGAUGCACAUGGCAGACACCAUUGAGGAAGGCACAAUGCCCAAGGAGAUGUCAGACAUCAUCCAGCGGCUGUGGAAGGACCCGGGCAUCCAGGCCUGCUUCGAGCGUGCCUCUGAGUACCAGCUGAACGACUCAGCGGGCUACUACCUCUCAGACCUGGAGCGCCUGGUAACCCCAGGUUAUGUGCCCACUGAGCAGGAUGUACUGCGCUCGCGUGUUAAGACCACUGGCAUCAUCGAGACACAGUUUUCCUUUAAGGACCUCAACUUCCGGAUGUUCGAUGUGGGUGGACAGCGCUCGGAGCGCAAGAAGUGGAUCCACUGUUUUGAGGGGGUGACCUGCAUCAUUUUCAUCGCGGCACUAAGCGCCUACGACAUGGUGCUGGUGGAAGACGACGAAGUGAACCGCAUGCACGAGAGCCUGCACCUGUUCAACAGCAUCUGCAACCACCGCUACUUCGCCACCACGUCCAUCGUGCUCUUCCUCAACAAGAAGGACGUCUUUUCGGAGAAGAUCAAGAAGGCACACCUCAGCAUCUGCUUCCCAGACUACGGCGGGCCUAACACAUAUGAGGACGCGGGCAACUACAUCAAGGUGCAGUUCCUGGAGCUCAACAUGCGGCGCGACGUGAAGGAGAUCUACUCCCACAUGACGUGUGCUACUGACACGCAGAACGUCAAAUUUGUCUUCGACGCUGUCACCGACAUCAUUAUCAAAGAGAACCUCAAAGACUGUGGCCUCUUCUGAGGUGGGGUCUUCCAGGCAAAACACUUCCAUCUCCUUCCCUGAGUCUCAAACCGCAGCCCUGCCCGCAGCCUCUCUCUACUGCAGACUCUGCCCGGCUCCCUGACCUUCCUCCAAAUUCCCACCCAAUGGCUUCCAGGCCCCACUUCAACUCCUCAGGCUCCACUCCCUGCCACAAUAGGCAGGCCCCUCCCCUGGCUCCUAAGCCCUGCCCAUUUAAUCUCCUUUGACCCCUCCCUAGACCCCUAAGUGUCCCAGUGUUCAGGGCUGUGCCCCCUCCCCCCGACGAUGCUUGAACCUACUUUACACUUCGUCUCGGGGAUGGUGACUUGGUUCUCUUUCCUCCUCAUAGGUGCCUGAACUCCUGUGGGUCCCUUGCUCUGAGAACCUAUAGCCCUAGCUGCCUCAUAGCCCCAAGCCACACCUGCCUAUCAGCCCUCCAGGAUUCCUGGGCCCACACCUGCUGCCCCUCCAAAUACAGUCCCAGAGCCCUGAGCCUUGCAGCACAGACCCUCCCCUGGGCUCCCUGACCCAGCCCUACCCUUCACUGCCUGGCCACUUUGGCCUCUUGGUCCCACAGCUGUCAGCCCCAGCUAAGACACAGCAGGACUCAGGGCCAGUGGAGUUGACAGUGACUCAGCAGUGGCCAUCUGACUAACCUACAGUUCUCUUGCCCCCUGGAGCCCACGACUCAUCUGGCAGGGCUGGGUUCACCAAAUGGCCCUCUGACAGUUUCAUGAAGGCUUUGCAGUAUCCCUCCCCCAAGCAGCCCAGUCCAGCCCUGCCACCUCCAUGUGAUAAGUCUGACAUUUGCCUAUCUAACAGUGGCCAGAGACUGUCCCUUCCCAUAGCUUAGAGGGUCCAAAGUCCAAGCUAGCUCUGGUUUGUGCAGCCCCUGCACAGAUAAAUUAGUGACUAGGGAGGUGGAUCCGAGAGGCCCUGGAUGUUAGAGGAGACAUAAGCUGGACCCUCCCUCCCUCCAAAUACCAGUCUCAGAAUGCUCCCCUUCCCCCUCCAGAUCUGCCUCUCUGUCCUUGGAUCCCAGAUCUGUGCCCCACCUCACCCACCCUCACACAGUACUCCGGGAUGACUGGCCAAGGGAAUGGUGUGUUGAGGGAGGGUACUGUUGACACCAGCGGUGCCCAAUAGUCAAGCAGUGCUGAGGGGUGGCUGGGGCAGAGUCCAGUUCCUAUUGAUCAGCCCCAGGCAGAAGAGGAUGGAGGAUAGGACAGAGCCCAGGCUGUGUCCAAAGAAAUCUACCUCCUAUGGGUUAAAGGCAAACCCAAGUGACUCUUGUCCCUUCCAGCAGUACUUCUCACCCUCUCCGUUCAAGGGCCGUUCCUUGGUAGGGAACACCAAGGGUCAUCCCUGGACUAUCAGGGACAAGGGCUUAUGUCCCUCACCUUCCUGCUCCCUCCUCAUCAAGCAUUAAGUCUUUGCUUAUGCCCAUGGGCUGGGGCUGUGCUGCAGCUGGGGAAAAGGAACUUUCAUCUGGCAAAGCCAGAGCACAAUCAACACUUCCCAUAGGUGCACAGACUCAGCAAUAAACCU